UCUUCUCCAUCAAGAAAGAGGCGCAUUCCCUUUAUUCCACUCUCUGCUGCUCUUCUUCCCCUCCCACAAGCCGCAAGGCCAACCGGAAGCACCAAGGCGCAAGAUGGACCCCAGCGGCGCGAUGGAGGAGCGGGUCGUGACGGAACGGAUCCGCCGGAAGCUGGAGGAGGUCAACGCCGCCGCGCAGCAGCAACUCGCCGGCGUCCAGGACCAUGUCAACUUCACCAUGCAGCAAGCAUACUUCAAGUGCGCAUAUGAGUGCUUCGAUCGGCGAAGGAACCAAGAAGGGAUCAACAACUGCGUGGAGAACUGUAGUGUGCCUGUCCUGACCGCCAACAAUCUUGUUGAGAAUGAAAUGGCCAGGUUUCAGGAGCGAUUGAAUCGGUCGUUGAUGGUCUGCCAAGACAAGUUUGAAGCGGCCAAGCUCCAGAAGAUGAAAACGGACGCCACUCAGGAACUGGAAUCCUGUGUUAACAGAUCUAUCGAUGACAGCAUCAGGGUGCUUCCCCAUGUGGUGGAGCAGAUCAAGUCCUCCCUCAAAAUGAAUUAGAGGCGUCAGGCGUGGCUAUUUUUUUUCAUCGGAACCAGAUAGUAGAAAAUCGUUCAAAUUCACAGUUGCAGAUCAACUCCACUUUUUUCAGUGGAAAACGGUUAGCUAGAACUAUGCAGAGCUCAUACUCGAUGUCGGUAUAACAUAACCACUGUAUCUUGCUACUCCUAGCGUGAGGAUAUUGUCGACACUCGACACCGUCGUUCUUUUGAAUUGUACUGAGCUCACAGCUUAUGCAUCUAAAAUAGUACAAGGAUGGAAGAACAUGUUCUGCUUCCAUCAGUCCUUGCUCGUGUCUCCAUUAAUCAUUUUUUUUGGCGAUUUGCCUUGUUUCUCUUGAGUCUAAAGUACACGGGGGCACGUUUGGUGAGAUGUAUAAAUUGGAAAUUAUUCA